ACAUGAGCUUCUUAAGCAGCAGUGCAUUGCUGUUAAUAUCAAACAAUUAGAAUUUAUACCAGAUGUCAAAAAUUCAACUGAAUUAAUGUUGAGCAGACAGUUCAUAAUGUUGCAUGAGUGGAUUAACAUAAAUGAGAUACUUAAAUUCAUACAGCAUUUCAAGAAAGUUAUGGAUUACAUAUCAGUCCAUUUGUAUCCUACACCUACACUCAAUGUAUUUAAUUGUUUGUUAGAUAAAAUAGAAGAUAUGAUUGAUGAUUCAAACAUAAAACCGAUAAAAAAUGCAGAAGAAAACUCUAAAAAUAUUAUUCAACAACUGAUGAUUGAAUUUAUAUAA